UUGAACUUUUCAAAACUCGCGCCAGAACGCCAACACGGCCGCGCAAAUCCAAGAUAAUCCAAAGCCAAAUCCGAUCGAAAAGCGCAAAAAUGACGGGCAUCCCGGAUAAAUCAUGGCAGCCUCCGUAUGUCACUCUAGAAACAACCAUGGGCGACAUAACCAUAGAGCUUUACUGGAAGCACGCCCCAAACACGUGCCGGAACUUCGCCGAACUGGCUCGCCGCGGGUACUACAACAACGUCAAGUUCCACAGGAUCAUACCGGACUUCAUGAUUCAAGGCGGUGACCCCACGGCUACAGGUAGAGGCGGUGCGUCCAUCUAUGGCAAGACGUUUGACGACGAGAUACAUCCGGACUUGAAGCACACAGGAGCCGGAGUGCUGUCGAUGGCCAAUUCCGGUCCAGACACAAACGGCAGCCAGUUCUUCAUAACCCUGAGCCCGACGCAGUGGCUGGACGGCAAGCACGCAGUCUUCGGUCGAGUGCACUCGGGCAUGACUGUGGUUCAUCGCAUGGGACGGGUCCCCACCGACAACAACGACCACCCGCUCGAAGACGUCAAGAUUGUGCGCGCUUAUGUGCGGACAAAGUAACUUUGUCUCUGUAGUGACUUUCCUGUGACUGUUAUCACAACUCCCCAUCACCAACUGGCUUUGUUUGAAGUCAGGCAGUUCUGCGCUUUCUUUUCACUUUU